AUGGAUUCUGAGCUUUCUCAGGUCCGUCACACUAUUCAAGAAGCUCUCCAUACACUUUCAUCUUCCAAUGAUGGGGUACAAAUCUCUGAGGCCCUGAGGUCUGUAAAGCACUACUUGAAUGGAUUACAGAACAUAAUCCCACCUAGAGAGAGGGAAGAAUUUUCCAAGAUCCACUUUUCUACCUUUCUUCGAUGUCUUGUCAACAAAUUGAACCCUGAUUGGCUGGAACUGCUACCUGCUGGCCAACUAGAAGAAUUGUGGGAUAGCUUUUUUCUAGAAAGUCCUGCUGAUCAAGCCUUUCUGGUCUUGAUGGAAUCCAUCAUUGUUACUGCUGGUCCAAGCUUUCGUCUGAUGAAAAUGUCCCAGGUGCUUACCAAGUUCCUGAAGAGGGGCAGACUGGUAGAACUGAUGUGGGAGAUGUGUCAGCAACAGGUGCCUCACGGCUCAUCCCUUCUCCAGGAGACUCUGCUCAGCAAAGUUGUGUGUCUGCCUGACCACCUGGGUAACCAGAUGAAGGAGCAAUGCCCAUCCCUGUUCUUCCCCCAGAACUACUUCCCUCUGCUGGGGGAGGAAAUGAUCCAGGUGCUCCAGAAGAUCUCUGGCUCACUCAGAGGUGGCUUGGAUUGUUCUAUCUCCUUUCUAUCCCAAAUACUAGCGAAAGUCUGCAUCCAUGGGAGACAAAAAGAGAUUCUGGGAGUAUUGGUACCCCGCUUGACAGAGCUCACCCAAGCUGACUGUAUUUGGCAGAGACUCAGUUGGCGCCUCAUGGAAUGUGUGCCAGACCGGGGGAUGGAGGCAGUAGUGUCUGGACUUCUCCAAGAAGCUCCAGGGGCCAAAGUUCUUUCUCAGUUACUGGGGAACCUGGUGAUGAAGAACAAGAAAGCCCAGUUUGUGGUGACCCGGAAGUGCCUGUUGAUGCAGUACAGAUAUCCGACUGAAAUGCUACAAAACCUCCUGGGAUACUUGGCCCUGGACAGCCAGCGGCGAACUCUCCUCUUACAGGUGCUGAAGGACCUCUUGGAGACUUGGGGCAGCAGCAGUGCCGUCAAACACUCCCCAGUGGAGCAGCAGCUUUACAUCAGCAAAGCCCUCCUGAUCUGCUUGUCCCACCUGAAGGAAGCCGAGAUUGAGCACAUCAGGGAAGAGCUGCUGACCACCAUGAUGGGAGGUGUGCAGUGCCAUAUUGAGAGUAGUCUACCCCAAGUCCGACACCUGGGAAUGAUUGUGGCAGAGACCAUCAGUUCCCGAAUACACUCAGAGGGGCCCAAGUUGAAAUUCCAGUAUGAAGAAAAUACAUUGACGAGGGAAUUGUUGUCUUUGGUAAACAUGAAGCCUGCUGAUUCUGGAACUCCAGCUUCUGGUUCACCCAUCGUGCCAGCAUCCACCGUGCAGCCAGCCCAUGUGAGCCCAGAGGGUAAAGCACCCCAAGAAGAGGAAAGUGAAAAGGGAUCUGACUCAGAUCUAGACAGUGAUGAUGAAUUUGUCCCCUAUGACAUGUCAAGGGACAAAGAGCUGAAGAACACCAAGGCCCCAGUGUAUAUCCGGGAUUGUCUGGAAGCAUUGACAAGUUCAGAAGAUGUGGAGCGGUGGGAAGUGACGCUGCAGGUUCUAGAGAGCUUGAUCCAAAGGAACCCGGCUGCCACCAAAGAGGUGAGUACAGAACUAGCCAAGGUGCUACUCCAUCUGGAGGAGAAGACCUCUAUGGAGGGGUUUGAGAUGUUGCGUCGGCGAGCCCUGGUGGCUGUGACCAUCACAGACCCAGUACAGAUUGCACAGUAUCUGACUUCCCAGUUCUAUGCCAUGAAUUACAGCCUCCGGCAGCGGAUGGACAUCCUAGAUGUGUUGAUUCUUGCAGCUCAGGAACUCUCAAGCCCCAAGAGCCUAGAGAAAACCAAAAUCCCUGGUCCUGCCAAGCCUGGUAUCCAGCUCUCACCUGCUCCACUGUCUCCCAGUCUCAACAGAGUUCCUUCUGAGGAUUGGCGGAGAAUUGUGGAGGAGAGGAUCAAGAACAAGACACGUCGGUUUGCCAAGGGACCUUCCAGAGUCAACACAGCAAAUGGACCCAAUAAGCUUAAUUCUGUGGUUGGCUAUUUCUUCUUCCCUCUUAUUCAGCGUUUUGACAGGCCUCUUGUGACUUUUGAUCUUUUGGGAGAGGAUUCUUUGGUGCUGGGAAGACUAGUUCACACCGUUGGAAUCCUGAUGUAUUUUGCCAUUAAUACCACAGCAGCCGUGCCAAUGGGGAAAGCGCUGCUGGAGUUUGUGUGGGCUCUUCGUUUUCAUACAGAUGCGUAUGUGCGUCAAGGCCUCCUGUACGCCAUCUCCUCAAUCCUCUUGAGUGUUCCUGCAGAGCGCCUUCUAGAGGAUAUGACAGAUGAGCUCCUAGAAACCAGGUCCUGGCUGGCAGCUGUAGCAGAGAAUGACCCAGAUGAAGACUGUAGGAAGCUGGCCAUGCAGGCACUCCUACUUAUGGAAAAGCUAAAAGACAAACUUCAAAUAGGUUCUUCUUAGUGAAUCCAGAUGCCCUUAACCUGGCCCCACAGGUGGCCCAAAAGGAUUUUUGGACCAUCACCUGGCUGGCAAAGAGGAAGGCGGGGAGAAACAAGGGCCUGGCCUGACAUCUGGGCUUUGUAGUGGCAGCCAACUCUAUGAAAUAUUGAUAUCCGGUACUGAGUGUACAGAUGCAGGAAAACGCAGUAGAGUUGCUAUCUUCCUCCCCUCCCCCUGCACACUGAAUAUGCUAUUUUUAGCCUGGCAAGUUGGAGUCUUCAGCUAAAAAUACAGCAAGCUCUGUACAGCCACUGCCUCUUUACAAAAACAGCAGGAGCAGAACAGAGAACCGGUUAUUGAUGGCUAUGGACGAAGUCACCCACAUGCCAAAGGAAGCCAGCUCCAAGAUUUUUCUUUCACUGAAUCUUGUUUGGGGGGUUGGAAGGUGUUGGUUGUAAUGCUGAAAAAAGAAGGGU